AUGUUCUCACGAAUCCUCAGCUCGGCGCGCAAUAUCGUCCCCUUCAACAAGCACGACGAAGCGGCCAAGAACGAGAAGAAAUCACCCGGCGGGCGAUCUCUGACGAAGCAAACGACCGAGAAGAAAUCCGGUACCCCAAAAUCAACAAUGGUUACGACGAGGCAGCAAAGCGGUGCGAGUGCGACGUUAAUAAACCCCGAUGACAGCAAUGCCAAUGUGCCGAACGAGUUACUAUCUGAGAGCGCGAAGAAGCGUAGGCGCACUGAGUUGAGCAAGAAAGCGGCGACAGAGGAAGAGACACCCACGAAACGACGAAAGCUACCUGUGCGGAAUAAGGACGAAAAUUCUCCAGGCGUAGCACAGAGCCACCUUGCCGUGGAAAUACCACUCAAGGAGUUGUCCGAGGAACCUACUGCUACACCAACGGCAAAGUCAAAGAAGGCCACCCCGAAGUCAACACCAAAAGGAAAGCGGAAUGCUAAGGCAGCGGAUGCGGAGCCUGCAGAAGAGAGUGCCACUUCCACAGAACAGAAAGAGCUUGCGGAGAAGGAUACCAUUGCGACAGCCGUCGUCGACGCGCCCGUGGCAAAACCUAAGCAUAAGAAGUUUGGCGACAACGACCCUGUCGAAGUUGUAGCAGCCCUAGAGCCAGAGCCAGAGAGGAUACAAGAGGACGAGGAUGAGAGCUCGGAUGACGAUGCCCCAGAGGAAGUUGGCACUGAAGCUGCGCAAAGCAAAGCUCUAGGAGCUGCACGCGAAGCUGCGAAGGCGGCAGAACAAAAAGAGGCAGCUGAGCGCCAGAAGCGCAAAGACCGCGAUGCGCAGCUAAAAGCACAAGCUAAGGCCGCCAAGAAGCGGAAGCACGCGGAGGAGGAGCUGGAUGAGUCUGCCACCAUUGAAAACUCAAGCAUAACCGUCGAGCCGGUAGGACGGGCAUCAAAGCCCAGGUUCGACCGCACAACUCUGCCAGAUCUGCUUCCGGAAGAUUUCCUAGAGGACGCCAGCUCGGAGGAUGAGGCUCCAGUGCAAGUUGAGAAGCCGCGAGUGUCGAAGAAGAUCAAGUUCGCUUAUGAGGAGAAGAAGCCGAAAGACAAGAAGUUGGGAUCAACCACGUAUCGCGUGGCGCAGGUGGAGAAGGCGGGGUUUGCACCGAAGGCAUCUCGCAAUACUUUGUCGGUGAAGGCGAGUCUUCAGGGGAGUCGCAAGGGGCAGGUUAGGAAGCCGGUUUCGAGUGGGUUUGUUGUAGCGAAAAGAGCAAGGGCUUGA